AUGGGGCGAAUUUUAUGUGUAGCAGAGAAACCCUCGAUAGCAAAGGCGGUAGCUAAUCAUCUCAGCGGCGGUGCCCGAGCCAGCGACGUCCGUGGCAUUACAUGGCUAAAGAAUUAUAAAUUCGAUUACACAUUUCAGCGCUGGGGACAAAGUAGUGUCACAUUCACAUCUGUGGCAGGGCAUAUUCAGCAGUCGGAUUUCCAUGAACGGUACCGGAAAUGGAUGUCCUGCAACCCUGUGGAAUUGUUUGAGGCUCCGGUAGUUACCUUUGUUGCAGAUGACAAAAAGGUCAUUGCGAAGAACAUCGAGUCAGAGGCACGAUAUGCUCAAGUCCUCUUCAUCUGGACCGAUUGUGACCGCGAGGGGGAGCACAUUGGGACAGAAAUACGCGACAUUGCUUUAAAGGCCAACCCGCGGAUGCAAGUAUUCAGAGCACGAUUCAGCAAUAUCGAGAGAGCACACAUUAUCAAUGCUGCAGGGAAUCCUAUUCAGCUGGACGACCGGCAAGCCAAUGCCGUCUCUGCCCGAAUCGAGCUUGACCUACGCCUGGGUGCGGCCUUCACUCGGAUGCAGACUCUAGCGCUUCAGAAUAUGAUCCCACAGCAAAAUCCAGAUCAAAAGAAGGUCAUCAGCUACGGUUCCUGCCAAUUUCCCACACUCGGCUUCGUGGUCGAUCGAUAUCUUCGUGUACGUAAUUUCGUACCUGAGCCGUUCUGGUACAUCAGAGUCGAUCAUAAGAAGGACAACAUUGAUGUCAAAUUCUCAUGGGCUAGAGGCCAUCUAUUUGACAGAAUGGCAGUAACGAUCAUCUUCGAGAAAUGUCUGAUUGCAAAGACAGCGAAGGUGAUCAAGAUGUUGAAGAAGCCAACGAAGAAAUGGAAACCCCUACCUCUGACGACUGUGGAGCUGCAGAAAAUGGGAAGUCGCUUCCUCAGGAUGACUAGUCAAGAUGUCAUGAAUAUCGCCGAGAAAUUAUACACCAAAGGCUUCAUCAGCUACCCACGCACUGAGACCGAUCAAUUUGAUCGCGGAAUGGAUUUAAGAAGGCUUGUCGAAAGGCAGCAACAGGACAAUAACUGGGGCCCUUUUGCCCAAAGGCUCAUGAACGGUGGCUUCAAUCAGCCUCGCAGUGGGCGAAAUGACGACAAAGCACAUCCACCAAUUCACCCAGUCAACUAUGUCGCCCCGAAUGCUCUGAGCGAGAACGAGAAAAGAGUAUACGAAUUCGUCGUCCGCCGCUUUCUCGCUUGUUGCUCCGAGGAUGCCGUGGGCGAGUCAACUGACGUGGAAAUCGACUACGGAGACGAAGUAUUUCGAACACAUGGCCUGAUCGUCUUGGAACGGAACUAUUUAGAAGUCUAUCCUUAUGAUCGAUGGGAGAGCAGCCAACAAUUGCCCCAAUAUACUGUUGGCGAAACUUUCGAGCCGACUGAAGCGACAAUGGUAGAUGGCAACACUGCUCCUCCCAGCUACUUAACCGAACCCGAGCUCAUCGCGCUCAUGGACGCGAAUGGCAUCGGCACGGAUGCUACGAUGGCAGAGCACAUUGCAAAGAUAAAAGAGCGGGAAUACGUGGUCGCUAGGCCAAAGGGAGGUGGUGCAGUUGUCAGAAAUGCAAGAGGCAGAGGAGGCAGAGGAGGCAGAGGAGGCAGAGGAGGUCGCGGAAGAGGCAACCGAGGUGGUGCAGCAGCUCAGAAUGGUGGGGGUGGUACUGGUGGAGUCCAAGAAUUUAUUCCGACCACACUUGGUGUUGCUCUCAUUGAGGGUUAUGACAACGUGGGUUUCGACACAAGUCUUAGCAAGCCCUUUCUACGCAAAGAGAUGGAGGUCCAAAUGAAAGCAAUUUGCGAGGGCCGAAGUACGCGGAACGACGUGGUGCACCAGAAUUUGGAGCAGUACAGAGCCGUGUUUCAACGCACAACAGCGCAGAUCAAUGUACUCAAAGCCGCCAUCAGAAAAUACGUCGUUGAAGCGAAUCACGGCUGAGGCAUUUUACACGAGGCGCGCAGUUAGCGAUAUGGAUGGUAAUUGCUUAGACGGCUGCGGGAGAUGUCCUGCAGUUAUGCACCACGUGUUUUUGCGGGGUUUUGUCGUUUGUUGCUUUUGCUCUCUCGGCAUGCGAAUCGACAGGAGCAGCAGGCACAGUCGCAUCAUCAGGUCAGCGGCUUUUCCUCACUCGGUACCUGUCAGCGCUACAGGUACCUUUCUGUCUCACGCGGGUUGUAGAUAGUCGCGGAGCGAUUUCGGAGAGAGGAAGACCACCGCGCGAGCGACAAGGCCAAUCGUGUUGAGGCUGUGAAGGGGUGGUGAUAUGGUUGGAGCACCUGAUAUGGAGCUUCGGAAGGGAACGGAGACGAGGCUGGCUCACGACGGCAUCAAUGACCGCGAGACAGUGUGAAGGCAAGUUGGGACGAGCUGGCAACAGACUGAUGAG